UGGGUCACACGCAACGCAACGCAUCACGACGCAACGUAGUCACUGGAAGUCGGUCUGACGAGAACGUUAUUUUCGCGGAACGAAAGGAGACACGUCCCGUCAUCUGCGUGUGAUUAUCGUGCGUCGUCACGUUAUCGCCGAAUUCGCCGUAUAGGUUAUAAUUCACAAGCGUGCGCGCGUAAAGUCGGGGUAACAAUCGAAUAAAGCGAGAGUGAGAAAAAGGGAAAGAGCGAGACGCACACACGUAGUAUAUGGUUAAUAUAUCGAUCUUUUGUUAAUUCCACGCAAAACAUUCGCGCGAACGAUAAAAGCGUGACAAACAGAAAGGACGAGAGAGGGAGAGAGAGCGCGCGUGCGCGCUCGAGGGUACGGAAGAGAGACGGAUAGAGAGAGAGAGAGAGGAGUGAGGUUAAACGUUGUCAGGUUUGUUCUCUCAGUUGCGAUUCUCGCCGAGUUUCGUGUGAAAACUCGAUGUUUAUGAGUUUUCGAUCUCUCUCGAGAACGUUUCAUGUGCAUCUUAUAUAGCGUCCGUCCAGACUUCGUCGUCCACGAUGACCGUUCGCGACCUCGGUUCGAUCGCGCUCUAGGUUUGUCAACAGUUUCGGGGACUGCUUCAUGCGCGAGAGACCGCCGCGUGUAACGGCGCGAAAAUCAAACCGCUGUCAUUCGCAAUGGAAACGCCGCGUAUUUAUCGAGCACACUGUAUAAUAUUGUGAAAACAACCCCAGUACGACUGACAAAGAACAAGCUGAACGUGUCCGCAGCGGUGACACUAACGAGCUCGCGAUCAGAUAACAGAGAUUGAUCAACACUUGACUUACACCGAUCGAUGCCGCGUUCACCAACGGCGAUAAAUUAUCGUAGCGUUCGAUAAAUAUUACACUGGGAUAAGCGAACUGGUAUCAAGUGAUAAGAGAUAAAGGGAUAGAGAGAACAAGCGGGAGAAGUAGUGGAGGAGACAGUCAGUCCGCGGCAAGAAGUAGAGUCGAAUUAAACAGCUACUCUCCACAUGAGUCGUGGUGACGGGACGCGAGGGUAAAAAGUCCGUUGCGCAAAUAAAACAGCGAGGAAAGUCGAAACCGGUGCAAUUUUGAAGAAUACCGCCGCCGCACGCCCGUUUAUAAAUUAUGACGACUCUGGACCCGCAGCUCGACGAGAGCAUGUGCCAUCUCGAUAAGCUGCCGCAUGUGGAAUGGGACAGUUCGUGCCCCGAAUCGUCCAGAUGUACGUUCCCCGACGGGCUGAGUCCGCUGGAAUGUCAGAUGGCCGGUCAUCCGUUCGACGGCGUGAAACAUACUAUCGGUAUGCUCCGCAGACCAAACGGGCAUGUAUUGAAACCAGCGACUAAAGCGAUCCUCGGGGAGAGAGAAAUUGCGUUUUACGAGAACUUGCAGACUUCCCAGGAUCCUACAACGACGCAAUUGAGAAGUUUCGUUCCGUGUUACUAUGGCACGACGGAGUUGAGGAUCUUCAAUAAACGUACGAAGUUUCUCACGCUUAAGGAUAUCACGGAGGACAUGGCCGAGCCAUGUGUGAUGGAUAUCAAGAUCGGCCGUCGCACGUGGGAUCCUUUAGCCACGCCAGAGAAGAGGGCAACGGAAGAAUUCAAGUAUGCCGAAUCGAAGCGUGCUUAUGGUUUUUGUAUAACCGGUUUUCAAGUAUAUUGUCUCUCCAGUGGACGAUUAAAAAAAUUUGACAGAGAUUAUGGCAAGAAACUCGAUGCCAAGGGCGUCGUAGAAGCGCUGGAAACUUUUCUAAACAUAACACCUGAGAAGCCAGCCUGCCGACAGCUGAUCACCAAGCUCCUGUCGAUCCUGUGUCAGAUCAUGCUGUUCUUCCGCACGCAACGGCAGUAUCGCUUCUAUUCCAGCUCGCUCUUGGUAGCCUACGACGCCCAGAGAUUACGGCGCUGUCCUCCCGACGAUGAGGAUCCCGACAAUAGGAUCGAGUCAAGUAAUCGUACCGACGUCUCAGACGCGUCAAAAGAGAUCGCCACGUCGCAUUUGUCGUCGGUCGCCUCCGUUCCCGCCGAGAGAACAGCGAAAAGAAGCCGAACAGAGAUGCCGGCGAACCCGCUCCAAAGGAGCGUAAGUCUCAGCACAGGAUUCGUUGAGACGAUAGACAACGAGAAGUUACCUAAUCAGAGCGGAUCUUGCAGUUCGGACGCGAAAGCGGACUGCCGACUGUAUCGGCCCAGCGGUCCGGUAACCACAGAGACGAAGUAUGAGUGCGACUGGGUGAGAGUGAACAUGAUCGACUUCACGCAUGUCUUCCCAGCGGACGACGACGGUUCCUUGGAUCUAAAUUACUUAGAAGGUAUCGAGAACCUGAUCAAGUUACUGAAGUCGUUCAUAUCUCGCAAGCUCGAUCGAGAGAACUUCUGCAUUGGCGUGAAGCUGUAGAAAGUUGCCUAAAAGCAAAAACCGUGUGAUUAUUCUCGAUGUUUCCCGAAAGCGGACGGAGCGGCUAGAGUUCAUCGGACGAUGCAGAUCGGCGAUGUUUAUCGUUAUCGUUAUUGGAUUGUCGGACCACCGGCUAGAACUAAGGAGCCAAGGGCAGUGUCAAUAGCGAGACGAUCUCUCGACAACGACAACCGUCGAACCCAGACAGCAGACACGCGUCGAUUUACUGUGGAGAAUCGUGAGAGAGUUGCAGCUCUUCCAGGAGAGCGGGAUAUUGGAAUCCGGAUGAAAAAAUCGAGAGAGAAAAUCGUCGCCGACGUUGGAUCAUCAUCCUUCGGAGGACUCUUUUCAAUUCUUUAGCAAUUUCGCGACGCGUUCGCUUCCCGAACGUCCGCGGAGCGAAGGAUCACCAGACAGUAAUAAAAACAAAAGAGUCACGAGUCUACAUCGAGCGUUUUUAAAGAUGUUAUUCCGCGUUACGUGCGUUAUUCCGCGUUACGGGUUUCUCUCCGUUCUCAUGGAGAUCCAUCCGUGGAUUCCAUUUCCAUCUUUAUAAUAUAUCGCGAUAAUUAAGACGUUUGUAUUUUGCCGAAAGAACUAAAAGAAAAGAAAGAAAAUUAAUAAUGCAAUGCAUAGACCCAUCCGGCAGACUUUAUACGUUCGAUGAUUCUCCACUCUUCUGCCGGUGAAAAUGCAAACUGCUCGAGUUAUACACGGGAUUUAGUGCUGGACACAAUCGAGAAAUAUAAAGGAUGAGAGAGAAAAGUGAGCACCUUAUUGUAAAUGUUUCAAUAUCGUUCGAGUGAUGUUCGUAUGACGACAAUAAGUCGCACUUUGUAAAACGCUGUACCGCAAGCGGUAAUGCGAAUGAUCCUGGAGGUGAUGUGGUACACCACUACCGACUUGCCAUGUUAUAGAUAAUUAUGUUACGCGCAGUACGUGAUAAAAGUGCAAAUUAUUGUAGUUACACAAUAGCAGCAAUAAAUGAUUACGUUGUGAAGCAGAACGCGAGAACUCAUUGAUGAGCGUCAUUUUCCGUCGAUCUUCGCAGAUAAUAAAAUUUGGAUAUCCACGUAAAAGACGAGAA